AUCAUCACAGUCAGACUUAUGACUUCUACAUGAAACGUCAAAACAUACAAAUUGAGUGGCAUUAUCAUUUUUGAUAUGCUAAGAAUUUAAUUCCUUUAUUGAACUUAUAAGAUAAGCAGUUUUUCUACAUACUUAUGACAUCUAGCAAUUUAAACCCAUUAAAUGGAUUACAAUAGAUGAAAAUAGUGUAACUGAUUCCGGCAAGCAAGUUAGUGCGGGGCAGUACUUGCGUAACAAUCCUACCCAAUUAGUUUCGGCUGCUGACCUUGGAGGAGUGACGACUGGACAAUGUCCAACUAUCAGCUACACGCGAACGAGACCAGCAUCUCGAUUCCGAGGAUUAUCACGGUCGAUAGUGUCAAUUAUUACGAAGUAUUGGUUAAAUGUGGUCAUGUGAUGUGGACCGUCAAUCGGAGGUACCGAGACUUUGAUGAACUCCACAAUAAGCUGACUCAGGAACGAAGUGUGGCCAGGGACAAACUCCCCCCGAAGAAAGUGAUUGGUAACAAAAGCCCCACUUUUCUGAAGAAACGACAGGAAGCACUGGAACAGUAUUUAAAGGAAAUGCUCACUUUCCUGAAAGUGACAAUGCCAAAAGAAUUUGUAGAAUUUCUGGAGUUCCACCGGUACGACAUUAUAUUUCUAGUACAGAAUCUUGCCAAUUCAUUUUUCCUUAGAGGGGAGAGCUUUCUAGCGAAAUCGAAAAAGUACGGAUUUUCCGUCCUGGAAUUGCAUGCCUUCAGUGAGAGACUGAAAAUCCCCUGCCCCUCAACGGAGGCAGCCGAUGGGGCGCUAAACUUUUCCCACAUCAUGGACUUUUGUUCACAGCUGGAGACGGUAAUAGUGCUCCCGACAAAGAACAGCCUCCCCAUGAUUCUGUACGAUGACGACUCCAAUAAGUACAUUCCCCAUGCGCUGCACAAACCGGUGGGCAGCAGCAAUCUGAUUCCGUCGCAGUUGCGAUACGAACUGAGCGUAUUUCGAGGAUUGCAGAAUCUCAUAAUUUACGGCAUUUCUACGGAGAAUAUCGAGAGUGUCGGUGGUCUCCGCGAAAGUUUGGUUCGGAUAGAAAUCUACAAAACAGAGAUCAAGCACAUCCGGCAGAUCACGUUGUGCGAUGAUAUUCACAGGAACGACACAGAGGAGUUGGACAGAUCAAAGGUAUGGAAAAAUCUGCGACAUGCCGUCUUCAAGGAUAACCAGCUGAUGGAGAUCGAUCAUUCUAUUCGGUUGUUUCCCGAUUUGAAGGAUUUGGUACUAGACAAGAAUCAAAUAGAAAGCAUAUCUCAUUUGAGUCACUUGAAUAACUUGCAAACAUUGAGCUUGCGUUGCAACAAGAUUGCCGAGUGCCACGAAUGGCAUAUGCAGCUGGGCAAUUUGGUAAGUCUCAACUUAUCACAAAACAGAAUCCGAUUGUUAGACGGGCUAUCGAAGCUGUAUUCGUUAGUUAAUUUGGACCUGAGCUGCAAUCAAAUCGAUGACAUAAACGAAAUCGAUCAUAUUGGAAAUCUACCACUGCUGGAAAACUUGCGAUUGAUGGGAAAUCCUGUGGCGGGUAGUGUCGAUUACCGUGCUCGGGUCUUAUCACGUUUCGGGGAACGCCUGCAGGAGGUCUAUCUGGAUAACGAAAAGGGAAAUCAAACCGAAUAUGAUACGGCGCUGGUGCUGUCGGCUCUUCGCAUCUCAGCACAGAGCUCGCAACAAAAACUGCACAGCCUGCUGGACACGGCCUCUGCAGAGGAUAAGCUACCCGGGACAAGUGGAAUCAGUGGGAGCAGAUAGCAUUAAAAUUGAGCUGCAAGUGAGUUUUAGAUGUUGGUUUAAUGUGAGUUAAUGUUCAAUGUUUUAAUCAUGAAAAAGACUAGAUCUGCUAUUCUGUUUUUAUAACUACAAAACGCUGAUUUAAGUAUUUGUAGACAUAUGUUGAUAUUUCGGAAAACUCUUAUACAAUAACUACAUGUGGAAUAAACUACUUAUGUAGUAAGUGCGGAGGUAAUGAACAUCUUUACAUAUA